AUGAGCGUUCGUAAAAUUCAAAGGGAUCCAGGACCUCAGACUGAAGGGUACAAAGGAGUAUUCAAGGGAAUUUCAGAGAACCUGAAUGUGGGAGUAGGCAAGUACGCUCCUCCAAUAGCCAUGGAAUAGAGAGAACAUCACUACAACAUUGGAUGGAAACCAUGGCAAUAAUCAAAUGAAACCGUUUAUGAAGUAGACUACAAACCAAACAAAGAUAUAGUGAAGAGAGACAAUGUACAGAUGUUGUAAUCGUUAUUUAGUGUGCCAAUAUGCAUCCAUCAACCAUACAUAUUGAUCACAUUAAUGUGCCUUACAAAAAGGAUACUCACUUCAACUCCGAAUAUAAGAAUUACAAGGACUAUCAGAAUCCCCCCAGAGCCAAACCUAUUAGAGACAAGCUUACCUUGAUGGCCACUCAAAUAGUGAUGGGUGAUGACCAUCCAAAUUACAAGACUGCCUAACUGAUUGCCCAAGAACCCAAACCCCCGCAAAGACAAUUGGUUUAUCAUCCGAAACCAGAGAAAUACGACAUCAUUACUAAUCAUGAGGUAUGUGCUGUGGAAGUAUGACCAUUAGGCAAAUUAAGAGAGAAUAAAAAAGGCAUCUGCUUUCGACUAUUGGAAUCCGACUACAGAGAAGAAACAUCAGUCAUUCAACACUUCCGAGAUCCCUCAAUAUAGAAUGGGUAGUAGAGAUCCUAUUACGGGGAGAUUUAUUUCCUGA